AUCCCUAUCCCACACGUGCAGUUGGAAAAACGGAGUUUAAGGCUUUUGUUGAGCAGGAAAACAGCUGCGGCCAAAGAUUUACCUGAAAGGCGACUAUCAACAGAUAGUAGAAAUUCAACCCAAGAUAGCAGCCACCAUAAAGCAUGGAGGCUGGGAAUCGCUUGGAUCUCCCAUCAGACACAAGAAGCACUUCAAGAACGCCCAAAAGAACCUAUGAAUGCUCAGAGUGUAGGAAAUCCUUUGCUCGCAGGUCCCUCCUUUUGACCCACAGGAAGGUCCAUAUGGGAAAGGGAUCUAGUCAAAGUUUGGAGGGUGAGAAAUCUUUCUCUGGUAAAAACUCCAAAGAUCUCAGGAGCUCCCCAAUACUAAAACCCCAUAAAUGUGAGGAAUGUGACUUAUGCUUUAGUCAAAAGUCACACCUCCUUAGACAUCAGAAAAUCCACACUGCAGACAAACCUUAUCAAUGUGUGGAAUGUGGGAAAUCUUUCCGUAGAAAAGGCACUCUCAGAGACCACGAGAGAAUCCACACAGGGGAGAAACCUUACAAGUGUUGGGAAUGUGGGAGGAUCUUUUCUCAGAAUUCAAGUCUUUGGCUUCAUGAGAAGAUUCAUGUAGGAAUAAAGUCUUACAAAUGCUUUGAAUGUGGAAAAUGUUUUACCCAGAGUUCAGGUCUUCGGAAACAUGAGAAAACACACAGAGGGGAGAAAAACAAAAAGUGCCUUGAAUGUGGGAAAUGUUAUACCUUGAAAUCAAGCCUGGAGCGACAUCAAAAACUUCACACUGGAGAGAGACCCUAUGAAUGCCCAGAAUGUGAGAAACGAUUUAUGUAUUCUCAUGAACUUCAGAGACACCAGAAGUGGCACCAAGGGGACCUACCCUAUAAAUGUGGGGAGUGUGGGAAAAGUUUUAUUUCGCCAGCCUAUGUUCAGAUUCAUCAGAGAAUCCACACAGGGGAGAAACCCUACAAAUGUGGGGAGUGUGGGAAAUGCUUUUCCCAAAAACAACAUCUUGGAAGGCAUCAGAGGUUCCAUACAGGAGAGAAGCCAUACAGAUGCAUAGAAUGUGGAAAGUGCUUUGUAGACAAGCGAGGCCUUUUGGGUCAUCAUAAAACCCACACAGGGGAGAAGCCACAUCAAUGCAACGACUGUGGAAGAUUUUAUAGUACCUCAUCAGCCCUUAAAAGUCAUGAGAAAACUCACACAGGGGAAAAAAACUACAAAUGUUUAGACUGUGGGAGAGCAUUUGCUCAUUCAUGUAACUUAAUAAGUCACAGCCGAAUCCAUACGGGAGAAAAGCCCCAUAAAUGCUCAGAAUGUGAUAAAUGUUUUCCACGGAAAGAUUCUCUUGUGACGCAUCAGCGAAUCCACACUGGAGAGAAACCAUAUAAAUGUCUGGAGUGUGGGAAAUGUUUUGUCUAUCCUUCAACACUUCGCACGCACACCCGAAGUCACACAGGAAAGUAGCCUCACAAGUGUGCAGAGUGUGAGAAACCUUUUCAUAGUAAAUCAAAGC